CACAGCUAAAUACAGCGUGGUGACAUUUCUACCUCGAUUCCUGUAUGAACAAAUUAGAAAAGCUGCAAAUGCUUUCUUCCUCUUCAUUGCCUUACUGCAGCAAAUUCCAGAAGUCUCUCCAACUGGAAGAUAUACCACCUUGGUUCCCUUUCUAUUAAUUCUAACAGUUGCUGGCAUCAAAGAAAUCAUAGAAGAUUAUAAAAGACAUAAAGCUGACAGUACGGUGAACAAAAAGAAAGCAAUAGUUUUAAGAAAUGGAACCUGGGAGGAUAUCAUGUGGAAGAAGGUGGCAGUGGGGGACUUUGCGAAGGUCACCAACGGGCAGCAUCUCCCUGCAGACAUGAUCAUUUUAUCUACCAGUGAACCUCAGGCAAUGUGUUAUAUUGAAACAGCUAAUCUUGAUGGAGAGACGAACCUUAAAAUACGACAGGGAUUGAUUCAGACUGCUAACCUCCAAUCAAAAGAAGACUUGAUGAAAAUGUCUGGGAAGAUAGAGUGUGAAGGACCCAAUCGGCACCUCUAUGAUUUCACUGGAAAUCUCCGCCUUGAAAAUCAAAGUCCAGUUCCAAUUGGACCUGAUCAGAUCUUACUAAGAGGUGCACAAAUAAGAAACACUCAGUGGGUUUUAGGAAUAGUUGUCUACACAGGACAUGACACGAAACUUAUGCAGAAUUCAACCAAAGCUCCACUGAAGAGAUCAAAUGUAGAAAAAGUUACCAAUAUGCAGAUUCUCAUUUUGUUUUGCAUCCUUCUCGUCAUGGCUCUAGUGAGUUCUGUGGGUGCCUUACUGUGGAACAGAACACAUGGAGAAGUCAUUUGGUACUUUGAUUCCAAUGAAGUCCUAUCCACUAAUUUUGGAUAUAAUCUACUCACCUUUAUAAUCUUGUACAACAACCUCAUUCCCAUCAGUCUACUGGUGACUCUGGAAGUUGUGAAGUUUACUCAGGCUCUUUUUAUAAAUUGGGACAUAGAUAUGUAUUACACUGAAACUGAUACACCUGCAAUGGCCAGAACUUCAAAUCUUAAUGAGGAACUUGGCCAGCUAGGAAAAGAAGAAACGUUUGAGAUCCUUAACGUAUUGGAAUUUUCAAGUAAUCGAAAGAGAAUGUCUGUAAUUGUUCGAACUCCAGACGGUCAACUGCGUUUGUAUUGCAAAGGAGCUGAUAAUGUCAUUUUUGAAAGGUUAUCCAAGGACUCAAAGUACAUGGAGCAAACUCUAUGCCACCUUGAUUAUUUUGCCACAGAAGGUUUGAGGACUUUGUGCAUCGCAUAUGCCGACUUAUCAGAAAACUCUUACCGGGAGUGGCUGGACGUAUAUAACGAAGCCAGCACGAAUUUGAAGGACAGAUCUCAAAAGUUGGAAGAGUGUUAUGAGAUAAUUGAGAAGGACUUGCUGCUUCUGGGUGCAACAGCCAUUGAGGAUCGCCUGCAAGCUGGUGUCCCGGAAACAAUAUCUACUCUAAUAAAAGCAGAGAUCAAGAUUUGGGUACUAACGGGGGACAAACAAGAAACUGCUCUCAAUAUAGGGUACUCCUGCAGGCUUGUUUCCCAGAGUAUGACUCUCAUCCUCGUGAAUGAAGAUUCUUUGGAUGCAACAAGAGCAGCAUUAACGCACCACUGUGAAAAUCUGGGAGACUCACUGGGCAAAGAAAAUGAUAUUGCUUUGAUUAUAGAUGGCCAGACUCUGAAGUUUGCCCUAUCCUUUGAAGUGAGGCAGUCCUUCCUGGACCUAGCAUUAUCCUGCAAGGCUGUCAUUUGUUGCAGGGUGUCUCCUCUGCAGAAGUCAGAAAUAGUAGACAUGGUAAAGAAACAUGUGAAUGCCAUCACUCUGGCCAUUGGGGAUGGUGCCAACGAUGUUGGAAUGAUCCAGACGGCUCAUGUUGGAGUGGGGAUCAGUGGCAAUGAAGGCAUGCAGGCAACCAACUCUUCUGAUUAUGCAAUAGCACAGUUUUCCUACUUGGAGAAGCUGUUACUUGUCCAUGGAGCCUGGAGUUACAAUCGAGUGACAAAAUGCAUAUUGUAUUGCUUCUAUAAGAAUGUGGUUCUUUAUAUUAUUGAGCUUUGGUUUGCAUUCGUUAAUGGAUUCUCUGGGCAGAUUUUAUUUGAGCGCUGGUGCAUUGGGCUCUACAAUGUGAUGUUCACAGCAUUACCUCCCUUCACCUUGGGAAUCUUUGAACGAUCGUGCUCCCAGGACAACAUGCUUAGGUUUCCCCAGCUCUACAAAAUUACUCAAAAUGCUGAUGGGUUCAAUAGCAGGCUGCUAUUUCAGAUUGAACACCCUGAAAUGAUUAAUCCUUAA